AUGGCUAGCACAUUGACUCUUCCCGACUCAAGGACGUUGAACUACCGUCUGGACUCGCCCGCAAAGAGUAGCGAUGCGCCUCUUGUCGUCCUCUCCAAUUCACUCUUAGCACCGCUACCAGUAUGGGAUCAUGUCGUUAAGGUUCUUCACAGCAAUGGCUACAACACAUUGCGUUAUGACCAGCCCGGUCAUGGAGGUUCAUCAGCACCGAAAGACUUGAGUACCACCACAUUUGACUCAAUGGCUGACGAUGUGCAUUACCUACUAAAGACCCUGUCAAUCAACAAGGUUCACUCAUGGGUUGGUGUCUCAAUGGGUGCCUCAGCUGGAGUUUACUUCACGACCAAAUACCCCAACGUUGUUCAGAAGCUUGCCAUCUGCGACACCAUUUCUUCAUCGCCCAUCAACGCAGGUACAGAAGAUACGUUUACCACUCGCGUCGCUGCAGCCAAGGAAGCAGGCAACCUGGAGUCAAUGAUCGAAAGUACCAUGGAUCGAUGGUUCGGAGAGGAUUGGAUGGACAAGAAUCCUGAGGAAACUCAGCGAAUGCAAAAAGUCAUGUCCGGCUCAACUCUUGACGGGUUCAUAACAUGCUGUAACGCGCUUAGUAGCAAGACGUUUGACCUGAGACCGCGCUUGCCGAAGAUCGGCGCUUCUGUUGAUGAUGCUGUUUGCAUUGUUGGUGAGAAGGAUGCGAAUCUGCCGCAGAGUAUGGCUGAGAUGAGAGAUGAGAUCCAGAAGAGCUUUGACGAGGCGGGCAAGAGCCAGAACAUUGAUCUUGUUAUUAUCCCGGACGCUGGGCACGUCUCGUUUGUUGACGGGUAUGACCAAUUCAUGGCGGAGUUGCUAAAAUGGUUGGCAAGGUAA